UUGUCAAAAUAGCAACUGGAAGUGACAACUGUCAAUGCCAAUUGCCAUUGGAAUUCGUAAUUUUGGAGCAGUCCCCUGUCCCAUAUAUAUUAUUGUACUCUUUAGUCUUUGAGCAGUCUGCAGUGAGAACCGAGAACCUAGUACGUACUAUCUACCGGUUACCUUUUAGUUUUUUCAAAAUGAAAGCUUUUUUAAAAAUCUCAAGAUAUUGCAGCUCCUCUAACAUUAUAAAAGCAAGUGUAACAAGUUCUCAAGUGCGGUAUUGUUAUGUUAAUAUUAUUUAUAGGAGUGAUUUGUUGUUAAAAAAACAUGCACCAGUUGGAUUAGACUAUGUAAACAAAAGAUAUUUAGGGUUGGGACCGACAUCAAAAGACUUCGAGGAACCAUCUCAGUUCUCUGGUCCAUUGACAAAAGCUCAUGCUACCGAACUUGUGCUUCGAUUGAAUGGCGAAGAGAGAAAAAUGCUUUUUAAUGCACUGAAUGAGUUUGAGUCAAACAAGAUAAAAGAAGAAUUUGAAGAUAAACUGGCUGGUCAAAGAUGGAGGAGCAAACUUGGAAGGCCUAGCAAAGCUCAGACUUUAGGUGAUGUAGACCCAACCGGCAGCUAUUGUCCGGUUCCUGAAGACUGGUUAAAAAAGAAAUAUGCUGCUACAGUACCAAAACCUUCCACUAAGGAAUUAUUGCAUUUGUCAUUAGCAAACUCCAUACCAUUCAUUGGCUUUGGUUUUCUCGACAACUUCAUAAUGAUCAUUGCUGGAGACAGCAUAGAGAGCAGCAUGAGCGCGUACAUCACGCUGUCGACGAUGGCGGCGGCAGCUCUCGGCAACACCUUCAGCGACGUGAUCGGCAUCGGCUCCUCCUACUACGUGGAGCGAGCCGCCGCCCUGGUGGGGCUUGGCGCGCCUGCGCUCUCGCCCGUGCAGCUCGACAUGCCCGUCAGUAGGAGAUUCGCCAAUCUCGGUCGGGUACUCGGCAUCACUCUGGGAUGCUUUCUGGGCAUGAUCCCACUGCUCUUCAAGGACAAUGAACCGAAACCAGAGACUAAAGACGAAAGCGCAGCUAAUACCACAAAAAAAUUAAUAUAAUGUUACUAAUUGGUCUUGAAGAAGGUAAGGUAUAUUAUAUUUACUUGGUCUAACAGUAUUAACUUUUGAACAAAAUGUAACAGACGGCUGUACCUAGUUGUCCUUCAUAUUGCAACAACAGAGAUAUGACAUGGCUAAAAUAUCCAUAAUUGGUUUAUAUUGUGUCAUUCUUGAUGUUGUUGCUAUGAAAUGUAUAAAUAAUUAAUACACUCAAUAUUCAUCGUUAACAUUUAACCAGUACUCUAACUGUGUUAUUAAUAAACGCGAAGUAAAGUUAUUCCAAGUUUAAAACUUUUUGUCUUUACCUUACCUUUGUCAAUACUGAAUUACGUGACAGGGAGAGGUAAUUUAAGCUUGGGGUACGUAACUUCACACUAUGUUUGAUAAUAAGACAGUAAAUAAUACAUGAAGAUUCAAACCAAAUGUAAAUAUAGGGUACAAAUACAAUUUAUCUGUAGAGUUGAAUUAUUCUCCAAAUGAAGUUGUAAACUGAAUCACACCUUACACUAUCUAUGUGGAUUUUUCACAGUUUAGCAUUAUUUCAUGAUGUAGAUACCUAAUAGAAAAGAUGAAUAGUGAUCUAUUAAAUGCUUCGAAUUUUUCUCUGACCGAAAUUUGGUAAAUAAGUUUUUUUUUACCCUGAUUGUAUGAUUGUUUCCUGAUACUAUAUACAGUUAAUAUUGUAAUAUUAUUGUGCUCAAUGAUUUUAUACACAGGUGCCUUUUAUUAAGUGUUUAAAGCUUUACUAUUUAAUAGUUUAACAUUUCUCCUACAUUACCUAGUUGUAAUAAAUUAUAAUCAAUAUUAAUUUUAGUAAAUAUAUUAUAUUGCUGUGUUCUACAUAUUUUUAUAUGUUGCUGACUUUAUUUGUUUUUAAGAUAAGGAAAAGUUUUUACUAAUGUAUGUAUAAUAUAUUAUUUAGUGAAAAUAAUUAUUAUACUCUGUUCAUCUGCCGAAUCAAACACUCUCUACAAUUUAGUUCUGUGCAAAUAUAAAUAGUAGAUACUUCAUAUUUUUAAUGAUAUUCAUAAUUGUGACCACAUUAAUUUCAUUCAAUAAAUUUGAUGGAUAUUGUUCAAUGACAUUGUAAAAAGCUUCCUGUAGUUAGUGGUUAGAUGUAAGUUGUGAACUAGUCAAUAAGUAAUAUUGUAAGUAUUGGGUCUUCUUAUCACAAACAUCCUGUGCUAUCUAUGUAUGUACAACAAAUGUAUUUAAAUGCUUUAAGUUGAGAAACUAUACUGUAAAUAAAUUUCGUCACAUUGGCGUAGUUCUCAAAGCGGAAACAUGCAUGUCUCAUUUAGUAAUACGGCUUUACUCACGAUUAUAUAUACUAUACUCAUAAUUAUUAACUAUUGAUAAGUUAAUAAUUAUGUGGUGGACACCAAUAGUGACAUAAUGUCAGUGAUAAUAGAUGAAAAGUUAUUUAUGCUCGUCAUCACCACCGGCGCACCCUCGCCCUGUCCAGCCGCGCAAUACCUGCACAAGUCCGCAGUAAGAGACGGGUCGUUAUCGCGAACUUACUAACACUCACCCUGAUGAAGGACCUCCGAAUGGUCCUUGUACCCACACCGAUAAAUCGUGAAUAAAGCCGUAUUACCAAAUAAGUUAAUCAUGUCUCACGAAAGUUAAAAUAAUUUAAUUGAAUGUCUCAUAUUUUGGUAUAAAUAAAAAUAACAAACUUAUUAAGUGUAUUUGAAAAAGUGACAUCAAAUAUUAUAUCAAUUUCCUAAUAUUUUGCAAUUGUAAGGGUUUAACAGACUGUCAGCUGUAAAUGCGGCAUAAAUGUAGGUGGCGCCACAACUUGAAAGUUGAAUCUUAGAUCAUUUAAGUAUAUGUCUAAAUAAGACUAUGACAGAUGUGAAAAUGUCGAAAGAAAUAGGCUUUAGAACUAACCCAUAUUUUGAGCAAUUAACGCCCACUAACACAGUGUCAUACAUCUCGUAAGUGUUAGACUUGCUUGCUUAAGCUUGUUACGCACACUAAUCUAAUAUUCCUGGCCUGUAUUCAUCAGUUGUCUAACAGCAAGAGACUAUCUAGACGUAUAAAUUAUCUAAGCUAAAUAACAAGAUUUAUGGAUGUUUAGCGGUUUAAUUCAUUAAUUUUGGUACAAAUUAAAUGUUGUAUAUUCAAUUCCAAAAUUGAGGGAAGAUUAAUAAAAUUUCUCAUAUUUAAUAUAAGUAUAUUUUCGGUGUUUCAUGCCAUCGGACUUUGUGGUCGCUGACUAGUGCAAUAUAGAUAAUGUAAUAUGAAAUAUUUUGGCAUUAAUAAUGAAAAAAUAAUUUGAAAUAAACGGGAAUGGUUUUAUAUAAU